CAGCGCUGGGAUUGGUGGACGGCGCGCUCGCGCUCUGACAGUGCGGGGCGUCCGGGGUUUGAAUGUGAGAGGCGGCUCGCGUGAACUUCAACAACAGCGCGCGUGAGAGCUGUCGCGAGAGAUGGAGAACCGCAGAACACGCAGGCAGCCCGCACACUCGGAUAAAAGAAGGAGCACCUUUAAAGAGCCAUGCUGGCUCCGGGAGCCAGACCUUAACCAAGGACCAGUAGUAAAAAGGCCAUGCAGAGAGAGGAGGGAAAACAUUGGACAUUCAGAGAACAUGGAGAGGAAAGCAAGAGACAUACGACACAGGAGGGUACUAGCUCCCUCACAACAGUCAAAUGAUUGUCCAGGUCGGCAAGAGCACAGUGAGUGGAAGAGGACGGUGUGCCACAGGAGUCCAGGAGCACAGGUUAAAGUAGCAGCAGUGGUUAAAACCUCCCUGACAACUUGUACCACUCCAAAACCUGCCCCUAGAAAAAGGAGGAAGAUUCAUCCAUCUGGGUUUAGGGGCAAAGGUCAGUUGAAACUGACAGUAACACCAGACAAUGGUCUGCUUCAUAUUCAGAUUCUGGAAGCCCGGGGUCUGCUGGGACGGGAGUGUAGGCCAUGUGACUCGUAUGUCAAGAUAACUCUAGUUCCAGAUGUUGACCACAGCAGCAGGCAGAAGACCAGGACUGUCAUCAAUUGCAAGAGUCCUGUCUUUAAUGAGUCCUUUGUGAUAGAUGUGGGUGAGGACAAGCAACUGAAGAGACUGUUGGUGACCGCUUGGAAUCGCAGUCGGACUUCUAGACGGAGUGAGUUCCUGGGCUGUAUGAGUUUUGGUGUUCACUCCCUCAUCACUUCUGCAAAGGAGAUCAGGGGUUGGUAUUAUCUCCUGGGUGAGGAGCUGGGCAGGAACAAACAUCUGCGAGUAGCUACACGCCGUGCGAAGCAGUCUGAUAAAGCUGCUCUGACCAACCAUGCUGCUGGACCUGAUAUUACAUCCCCAGAGAACAUGCAAUCACUAACCGUUACCAUUCUGAGGGGAAAGGAUGGUUUCGGCUUCACUAUCUGCUCAGACUCACCUGUGCGUGUGCAGGCUGUGGACCCAGGUGGUCCAGCUCACCAGGCUGGUUUGCAGCAGUUGGACACGGUGCUUCAGCUGAAUGGCCAACCAGUAGAGCACUGGAAGUGUGUGGACCUGGCACAUGCCAUCAGAAACUGCCGGAAUGAGAUCACCGUGGUGGUCUGGAGGACAAUGCCAGUCAUGAAGCCUUACUACGAAGGCCUGAUUCACAGGCCCUCGUAUAAAACCUCUGGCUUUGACAGUAUGUCUCCUGCCACCAAGACCCAAAACAAAACACCACCCCUGCUUUCUCGACCCUCCAACCACAAACUAAGCCGUCGUAAGAAAGGAAACAGCUCUGAGAGUGCAGGAAACGGAACCAGGGAGCCAACAUGGUCAUGGACAGGGAAACGGGAAGAGAACGACUACAAAACACGUACACAGACCCUCAAGGGCACCCGUGUGACAUCAUCGAAUGGUGACAAUUACAUCAUCUUGUCCCCUGGAAACCAGAUAUUACAACCUGUUUAUCCAGACAGCAAUGGAACACUAGGAACACUUGGGAGAAUUUAUCAGACUCACUCCUCACAAGGGAUUCAACAGAGCACAGCCUACCUCCAGGACACUGGAGUGGAAGCGCGAGCCACAUUACGCAGGUCUCUGAACAGCAAGACGGCCACAAUUCCACCCUCAUCAUACAGACAGAGCUUUGCCAACUACCAGAACUGCACUCUUGUACAGUCGCAUCUGCCCCACUCCAGCUAUGGCACUUAUGUCAGCCUGGCCCCCAAGAUCCUCAUCUUCCCUGUGUUUGUCCAGCCACUGGACCUAUGCAGCCCGGAGAGAACGCUGCUGUUGUCUGAAGAGAUGAUCCUUCAUGACAGCACAAACAUGGCACUUAAGGCCACAGUGUUCAUCUACACUGACCUAAUGCUGCUUACUAGAGAGGACGAACCCGGUCGAUGCAAUGUGCUGCAGAGUCCUCUCUACCUCCAUCAGAUCCAGCUGCAAGAUGUUCCUGCAGAUAAACUGCGCCUGUAUAUCUCAUACAGAGUAGAGAGAACUGAAUGUCUGUUCAGUUUGGAGGCCUUUUCAGCUGAGCAGAAGAGAAGAGUGUACCAAUGUCUGAGAGACAACAUCAACAAGCAGCUCACUCUGAGAGAAAGAAUGGGUCCUGACCAGAAGAUAAACACUGCAUCAUUUGUGAAGAUGCUAGAGCCAAAGGCUGGUGAUCAGGCUGAUUUGGGACUGCUGGGCUUCGGAGCGCACAGCGUUUCAGAACCAUGUUCUCCAUCGCAACCCACCUGCUCCCCUCUCAGUGGUCUUACCAGAGCCAGAACCAGCAUCCCCUCUGAGUGUGUGUCAUAUCCCAGUGAGUGUGUCCAACCCCCUCCUACACUGGGAGACACCUCUAAAUCUGCACACAUGGAGCCUGCUGCCAUCUGGAAGGAGAGAGUGAAGGAGCCAAGGCGAGGUGAACGGGAGCCAGAGUUCGAGAAGAGGGAACAGGGUGAAGGCGAGAGCGCCAGGCCUACGUCUUCAUCUUCCUCCUCAUCACCUCUCAUCAUCCCUAAACUGUGCCUAGAUCGCUCCUUCAAUCCAGACGUUCUCACCUCACCAUCCACUGAUGACGAUGACGAAGACCUUGAGGAGGAGGAGGAAGAGGAAGAGGACAGCGAUGAAGGCUAUCUGAAGCGGAGGAGCCUGGUGGAGAUGUCACCUGGCAGGGGGCAGCAGAGCACCAGGCUGUGUGUGCAGCGCUCGCUGCACCGGCGCACACACAGCGAGGGCAGCCUGCUGCAGGAGCCACGCUCACCACGCUUUAUCUCUGACCAGGCCAUUCACUGCAUGGAGAGCAGCAGAGAGAUGCAGCAGCGCUGGACUGUCCCCUCACCCCAGACCCUGAGGAAAGAGCUCACGAAGAACAGAGGAUCUGUCCAUCAGAUCUGCCUGCUCUUCACUGGUAGGAGGGUCUGUGGUGAGCCAAACUGUAAGUGUCAAAUGGGGAAGAGUGCCAUGAAAAAGAAGAAAUCAAAAAAUCUAGCAAAAGAUAUGAAGAAUCGUCUGACCUUUCUCCGGAAGAAGAACAACGACAGACCCGGAAGCCAUCCAUCCAGCAAGCUGGAGAAAGUCCUCAAAUCAGACAAGCCUUCUCCAGAAGAAGCUCUUAAAUGGGGAGAAUCUUUUGACCAGUUGCUCUCUCACAAAUAUGGACUUGCUGUGUUCCGCUCCUUCCUGCAGUCGGAGUUCAGUGAGGAGAAUCUGGAUUUCUGGCUUGCUUGUGAGGACUACAGGAGAAUCAAAUCUCUAUCCAAAAUGGCUUCAAGAGCAAAAAAAAUAUUUGAACAGUACAUCUCCAUCCAGUCAUCUAAAGAGGUUAAUCUGGACUCUUACACCAGGGAGCAGACGAAGGAGAACAUGGAGAGCGUUGGUGCUGACUGCUUUGACCUGGCCCAGAGCCGGAUCUUUGGACUCAUGGAGAAAGACCCAUACCCUCGCUUCCUCCGAUCCGACCUCUACCUGGAUUUAACCCACCAAAAGAGAGCGCCACUACAGAGCUUUCUUAAAGCUGCUGAUUCUGACUGCUGAGUCUUAACAUCUGUCAGUAGCGUGAAGGAGAUAUGCAGCUUUCCAUAUCAAAUGGAUGUCAAAGAGUAAACAGUGUUUGUUGGCCAGACUCUCCAGACUGUGUAUAGCACUGUGUGUGUGUUUUGUGCUAAUAUAGACCCAGUAUGUGCCAGUGAGGUGUAUUUUGAUUCAAUGCUGCCCCCUGUUGGAUGAUGCUGGUAAAAUGAUGACACAUGGACUGAAAUGUUGAUCUCUGUGGCUGUAUUAGCAGCAUCCAGAGGGUGAAAAGCUUGUUUGGUAAGGAAGCAAAGAAGAAGCUUGGUACUGUUUUGUUGCAGUCUGCUUUCACCAGUUAUACAAAAUGAACUAGGCACAGAUGGGUGACAAAUAAAGGGGAAAAACCAGUGGUUCAGUCAUGCUGUGGGAGGUAUUUUGCGGUCAUGAUUCGGGUCCACUUGCCAUUGUGGAAAAUACUAAUCGAUACAAAUUUAUUCAGACAGAUCACCUUUAUCUGUGAUGAAAUAUUUCUAUCCUGAUGGGAGUGGGAGAGGAAAGAAUGGCACUCAUCCCUCCAGUACAGUCCCAGAGACUUGUGGAAUUUAUGUCAAGGUGCAUUUGAGCUGUUCUGGUGCCUUGUGCUGGGCUGACACCUUUCUAAGACACUUUAUGGUGUUUAUAUUUCCUUUUAAUUUGUCACCUGCCUGUACAUCAGAGAGUUUAAACAGAAGCACUGAAUGACCUCUUAUGGGAUACCAGUGAUUAAAAUGGCUGGACUUUGCAUGUAUGAGUUUUCAGUACAUAAAAUGAGCUUUGACAGCAUAGAUUAAACCUGAGCUUAAGAGUCUGUAGGAAUUAUAACAUCAGAGUGAUUUUGUUAAAUUUCUUACUAAUGAAGUUGUAAAAGGACGCAAAGGCAGAUAAAGUUGCUCCAGGCUUAACUGUGUGAUAAUAUUUCAUACCACUUGAUUUGUGUAUUCCAGCGGAUACCAGCAGAUUUGAAAUACCACAUACUGACCUUUUUCCAUUUGAUAAUUAGAAAAGCUGUUUAAGAGUUUUGACCUUAUUUCCAACGAGGUUAAAAUGAAAAUCCAACCAGCCAUCCUACGUGGCUUUUUAUGCAAGAAAAAAUGAAAAAAAAGUGUCACAUGUUCAUGGUAUGUUUAUUAAUUUUAUCAGCAGAACGAAUCAGUAAACAUCAAAUCGGGUCCAGUGCAAAUGCAGCAUUUCAGACCAGUAUCUGUCCGAUUCCGAUACACGACACAUUUUCAGCACUGUAGACUUCAUUCCUUGUCUACCUGUCUUCAUUUAAAAGUGCAAUACGUGAGCUCUCCCCACCAGCUGACCUCACAAUGGAUAGAACUAAAUGGGCAUCUUGAUUCUUUUAAUGAGAAAUUUUAUGUCUACAGCGGAUACAGGUGAUUAUAAGGAGACAAGCAUUAUGAAGAUUUAGGGGAGCGUCAUGGUAAAAAAAAAAAACAUGGUUUUUGUUGAUGAAAAUGUUUCUGUUUCCUGUUUGUAGGGAGGCUCUGUUAUUAUUAUUAUUUAAGUAUACAUCUGAGAUGUUAAACAAUAAUAAAACCUCAAUGUAUUGUUUUUUU